AAAAAUGAAGAAAAUAAAAGUGACAAGACGUUGCCAAAUUGCGUGUGUAACCAAACCAGAGUAGACAUCAUUUUUCAACACAGAAUUUUCUCUUCGGGACGGUACCUCUUUACCAAAUAUUUUUUGAUAGAGUUGACCAAUUGAUUUUUCUUGCAUUGUUUGGGCAACAUCUGGAAACUCUUAGAAUCCUCCAAAAAAAGGUAAACAAUGAAUGCCAAACGAACCAAGUACGCGACAUUGACAACAACGACAGCAAAUGGCACCAUUAAAGAAGAGGUCGUUCCUGUGCUGAUACACGACCCUAGCUCAGGCGAGGAGCCCCAAUAUGCCUAUGCUACAUUUGCCACAACAGAGGAAGCUGAGGCGGCCGUGGCUUCCCUGAAUAGCCAGAGACAUCAAACUGAAGUGAUUCAGGAAACACAGGAGGUGAUUAUCGACGAACAUGGUCGUCCCAUAGCCAUACACCAGGUCAUUACAGAAGAUGGUGGCUCAGUUGAAGAGGUGGAGACCGUGGAGGAUGAUGGAAGUCACACAAUACUGCACAUUGUACCCACUGGCACAUCGGAGGGUGGCCAUGACGAUAGUUUGGGCAGCACCGAGGAAUAUGAAAUCACUGAUGCUGGCCUCACCGAAAUCAUUCACCGCAAUAACAAAACCUUUUACUGUCCCAACUGUGGUAACUGUUACAGUGCUGCAGGCUCGCUUAAACUCCACAUGAGAGCAUGUAUGCGCCAAAAGACAGAAGUCCCCGAAGACCAAAGGAAGUGUAAUAUAUGUAAUCGAGUCUUCAAUUCGGUUAGUUAUCUUAAAGAACAUAUGUUGCGACAUACGGGCGAGGGACCAAAACGUUGCCAACGCUGUUAUCGCAAAUUCAUCGACGAAGAAAAGUACAAAGCCCACAUGGAACAGCAUAAACACCAAGACAAGCUGGAAGCAGAGGCCGCAGCAUUGCAGGUCGAACAUGGAUUCAAAAAAAUGGUGGUCAAAGAAUACACAUGCUCGUUUUGUUCGCAGAACUUCACAGUGGCCUUUGAGGCGGGACAAGUUAAGCGUCGCUAUGCCUGUGAUCCCUGCCGCGAGAAAUUUUCCAAUGCCGAAGUGUUGAAACAACACAAACAGAUGGUCGAUGAAAAGCGAGAAUUCUCCUGCGAACGUUGUGGCCGUAAAUUCGUGUUUGAGGGUUUCCUGCAGCGUCACAUCCCCACAUGUGACGGUACCAUCAAACGGCGACGAGAUUUAAAGUAGGCCUAGCAGAAGUUGUAUUUUUUCAUUUGUAUUUACUCUACAAAAAGAUAUCUAUAUUUGAAAUUCUUUUUUAAUUACAUAUAUAAGAACCUCUCUCUUUUUAGCCACUGCUACUGAUUUGUAACAGAACAUCAUUUAACAAAUAGCACUUAGCUUUCGUUUAAACAUAAUUAGUUUUGUUAUGGUGCUCAUUUUUAAUUAUUUAGGAAUUUGGACAAUUUUUUGCAAGAUUCAGUUUUAAUUUUUCUAUGAUUGUAAUAGAAUGUUAUGAAAUAAAUGAAAAAAACUA